AGCUCUCUUUCUAAAACCUUCCCCAAAAAUCUCACUACACACCUAAAUCCUCUCGCAAAUUCACCCUUGAUUAGAGGGGGAAAGCAUCUGGAAAUCGCCUACACUAAAUCUCGAAUCGCGGUUGAAAGCUUGCAAGGAUUCAUGGCGGUGGAAGUCCCAACGAAGGCCGGCGGGUUGAUGGGAAAUUCUCAGCAAAAUCCGGUGGCUUUGGUGCAGGCCAAGCUCAAGGAGGUGGAAUUGAAGUUCAAAGGGUGGUUGGCGAAGCAGUCUCUCCCGGUUGAGGCCGCCGUCGUCACCGUCACCAGCGCCGCCCAAGGCGCCGCUAUUGGCGCCUUUAUGGGAACGAUCACUGGCGGCGACGGGAACUCACUUCUCAUGCCGCCUCCGAACGCUGCUAACCUUAAUCCCGAUGCUAUGGCGUCGCUCAAACAGGCGCAGGCUCUUGCUGGAGGUCCAUUUGUACAAGCUCGCAACUUUGCUGUCAUGACAGGUGCAAAUGCUGGUAUUUCUUGUGUUAUGAAACGAUUGAGAGGCAAGGAUGAUGUUCAAACCAGUAUGGCUGCAGCUUUUGGCUCCGGGGCCUUGUUUUCAUUAGUAAGUGGUAUGGGUGGCCCGAAUCCAGCAGCAAAUGCUCUUACAUCUGGUCUUUUCUUUGCACUUGUUCAAGGUGGAAUUUUCCAGUUGGGUCAGAAGUUUUCACAACCACCAGCUGAAGAUCUGAAUUAUGUGAAAACGAGAUUGAUGCUGAACAAUCUUGGCCUGCAGAACUACGAGAAGAAUUUUAAGAGAGGACUGUUAACGGAUACCACACUGCCACUGAUAACUGACAGUGCUCUCAGAGAUGUGAAAAUACCUCCUGGACCAAGAUUGCUCAUUCUGGAGCACAUAGAGAGCAGGGAACCUGAGUUCAAAAACAGGCGAAAGGGGCCUCGUUGAAGGGCUACUGCAACGACACACACUACUUGCUAUGGUACGAUUGUGUUGCUAGAGAAGAGAUUAGUAUCUUUUCUAAGAGAGAGAGAGUUGGCGAGAAUUUUGCACCAUGGCUAAGUUAUGUGGUAGAAUGUUGUGUUAGAUUUUUUUUAUUUGGGAUCUUAAUUAGAGAAAUGUGAUUUUCCUCAGUUAUGUCCUUCGCUAUAUUCAAGCAAGUGUUGUUGAUUGAAA